UUACCACAUUGAGUGACAGUGGCAUUAACGUUGACGGGGGCUAAAGACAAACGCUCAGGCAGCCAGUCAUGGGAAGCAGUCCUUGCGUUUGUGGCUGAGUUACUUGAGAUCUCUGCCUGGCAGAUUAACCAAAGGCAAGGAAGACUUGUCCUAUCUCCUUUCUGAGUGCUGCCAUUCACAGGACCUCUGUGACAGACUGCAGCCCAAGCCCCCUGUGCUGCCCUGUUUACCCCAGAUAUCUCUCUGGGGUCCACCUGAGAUCAGCAGCGUGAAGAUGAACAGCACCUUCUUAGCAUGACGACCUUGGACCAUGUCAUUGCCACCCACCAGUCAGAGUGGGUCUCCUUCAGUGAAGAGCCAUUGUUCCCCACCCCUUUAGAGGGGGGCACUGAAGAGCACUUCCCAGGACUGUCAUCUUCCUCAGAGAGGUCUGAGAGCUCCUCUGGGGAGAAUCAUGCAGCGGAUGAAGGCUCCCAGGACCUUUCACACUCUGAGCAGGAUGACUCCUCUGAAAAGAUGGGCCUCAUCUCUGAAGCCGCCUCCCCUCCAGGGAGCCCUGUGCAACCCACACCUGACCUGGCGUCAGCCAUCAGCAACUGGGUCCAGUUUGAAGAUGACACACCAUGGAGCAGCACCUCACCACCUCACAAGGAAACAGCCCUCACAUUGACCAUGCCCUGCUGGACAUGCCCUUCCUUCGACUCUUUGAAAAGAUGCCCUUUGACUUCGGAGAGCAGUUGGACCACGCAUUCUGAGGACACCAGCAGUCCUAGUGUUGCUCCUUCAUACGCAGACCUGCAGCUCAUCAACGCUGAGGAGCAGGCAAGCGGCAGGGCUUCCGGGACCGACUCCACUGACAAUUCCUCCUCCCUCCAGGAAGAUGAAGAAGUAGAAAUGGAAACCAUCAGUUGGUGGGCAGGCAGUCCAGCCAUGAAUGGGCAUCCUACCGCUCCACCAGUGACCACAGCACGUUUCCCCAGCUGGGUCACUUUUGAAGACAAUGAAGUUGGCUGCCCUUCGCUGCCAGUCCCCUCUCCAAAGAAGCCAAAUACCCCAUCUGUUGCAACUGCCAUCCCAGAUGUACCUUUCAACUCAACUGGGUCAUUUAAGAGGGACCGUCCCAAGAGCACAUUGAUAAACUUAUCCAGAGUUCAAAAGCUGGACAUUUCCUCCUUAAACCGUCCACCUUCGGUAAUCGAGGCCCCACCCUGGAGGGCCACCAAUCCUUUCCUGAAUGAGACUCUGCAGGACGUCCAGCCCUCGCCAAUCAACCCAUUCAGUGCUUUCUUUGAAGAGCAGGAACGGCGCUCCCAAAGCAGUUCCAUUUCCAGUACCGCGGGCAAAAGCCAAAGAGAUUCUCUGAUUGUCAUCUACCAGGACGCCAUCAGCUUUGAGGAUUCAGGCAAAAGCCAGCCCCAGCCCCACCCCCAGCCCCAGCCCCAGCCCCAGCCCCAGCCUGACGCUAUCGAGAAGCUCAAGCAACUCCAAAUCAAUGAUCCUGAUCCCGUUGGCAGCACAGCCCUGCCCGAUGACGACCCCUCGGCCUCGGUUGAACUGGAUGCUCCCUCACCUGCCUCAGCGCUCUCUCAGCCCAGGGAUGGAUGGCCAAUGAUGCUGCGCAUCCCCGAGAAGAAAAACAUCAUGUCCUCUAGGCACUGGGGACCAAUCUACAUCAAGCUGACGGACAGCGGUUCCCUGCAGCUCUAUUACGAGCAAGGCCUAGAAAAGCCUUUCCGGGAAUUCAAGCUGGAGAUCUGCCAUGAGGUGUCGGAACCCCGCCUCCAAAACUAUGACGAGAACGGGAGAAUCCACAGCCUGAGGAUAGACCGGGUCACUUACAAGGAGAAGAAGAAAUACCAGCCCAAACCUGCGGUGGCCCACGCAGCGGAACGGGAACAGGUAAUUAAGCUGGGCACCACCAACUACAAUGACUUCCUGAGCUUCAUCCGUGCGGUUCAGGAUCGCCUCAUGGGUUUGCCAGUGCUGUCAAUGGACCUGAGCACGGUUGGCCUAAACUACCUCGAAGAGGAGAUUACGGUGGACGUCAGAGAUGAGUUCUCUGGCACAGUAAGCAAAGGAGACAACCAGAUCCUGCAGCACCAUGUCUUGACACGGAUCCACAUACUGAGUUUCCUCUCUGGGCUCGCCGAGUGCCGCUUGGGCCUCAAUGACAUCCUUAUCAAAGGGAACGAAAUCGUCUCCCGGCAGGACAUCAUGCCCACUACCACCACAAAGUGGAUCAAGCUCCAUGAGUGCCGCUUCCACGGGUGCGUGGACGAGGACGUGUUUAACAGUUCCCGGGUUAUUCUGUUCAACCCUUUGGAUGCGUGCCGGUUUGAGCUGAUGAGGUUCAGGACAGUAUUUGCCGAGAAGACCUUGCCCUUCACACUCAGGACAGCAGCCAGCAUUAACGGGGCAGAAGUGGAGGUGCAGAGCUGGCUGAGGAUGUCUCCCGGCUUCUCUUCUAACCGUGACCCUCUCACUCAGGUCCCCUGUGAGAACGUAAUGGUCCGCUACCCAGUGCCCAGUGAGUGGGUGAAAAACUUCCGCAGGGAAAGCGUUCUAGGGGAAAAGUCUUUGAAAGCCAAAGUGAACCGGGGGGCAAGCUUUGGCUCUGCUGGUGUCUCUGGCUCUGAGCCCGUCAUGAGAGUAACUCUGGGAACGGCCAAGUAUGAGCAUGCCUUCAACUCCAUUGUAUGGAGGAUAAACCGGCUGCCAGACAAGAACUCAGCUUCUGGCCACCCACACUGUUUCUUUUGCCACCUUGAACUUGGUUCUGACCGGGAAGUGCCUUCCAGAUUUGCCAAUUAUGUAAACGUCGAGUUCAGCAUGCCCACGACGUCUGCCUCCAAAGCAGCUGUGAGAUCCAUCUCUGUGGAAGACAAGGCUGAUGUCAGGAAGUGGGUCAAUUAUUCUGCACACUACAGCUACGAGGUGGAAAUUGAACAAAAAAAGAGUUUGAAGUCAGACUUUGAGGGAGAGGACUUGGAAAACCCAAAGGAAUGUGGGGUUCAGUGACAGUGCCCCCCACCCACCCCCAAGGAACUGAGGAAUGCUGACCCACAACCAGGUGUCUUCCCAAACAACUCAAGUUUAAGUCAACACCUGCUGUGGCUGCUCCAUGUCAGGGGCAGUCUACCUCCGUUUCCUGUGUGCAGUUCCCUGUGGGUCACAGGGAAUCAAUCCUGAGGGGGCUGCUUUCAAUAGGCUCCUUGACACUGAGCAUGCCUGAAGCGCGGGGCGCACCUGGCUGCUGGAGUUCACUCUACAUUGAGCCUCCUUGUCUCUUUUCUGCUUAUAUCAUGGCACUGCUCUGUGGUCUGUGGUUGGUGAUGAUUAGAGACUGGAAAAGAACCUCCAGCAUCAGUGUUGGCACAAUUAGCCCCCAGUACUCACAUGUCAUUUGUAAGUUUCUGGGGGGGAAAAAAUGGCAUUGGAAGUUUAUUAAGAAUCCAUCUCUGUUGCUCCCUCUAUAAAAGUUUCAAAGAAUUCCAAAGCCAUUUCUUUGGGCCUGUUUUUCUGGAUGCCUCCAUUUUUAUUUCAGCGUUGGCAUUCUGCAGCAGAGGUUGUCCAAAUGUUUCCCUUCUGAUUCUGGAUUGUUCAAGAUCAGAACACUCUUUCAACUUCUCUUCCAUUUGCUAUCCUAAAUCAUGGUGCACGGCGGCAAAGGCCUUAUCCGGUAUUUUCAAAUUUAGGUUUUGGAGCUUAAUUCUACAAAUGGACUGGACUGGAUUCACAGUCUGUUGGAAAAAACAAAAACAAACAAACAAACAAACAAACAAACAAAAAAAGCCCUUAUUUUUCUUCCCUUGAAGGAAAAGUGGCAUUAAAUGUAAGCUUAUAUUCAGUUUGGAAGACAGCUUCAAUCAUAAAAUCUGCCAGAUUCUCACUGGUGACUUUUAAUGCAUGGUUAUAAUUCUAUGUGUGUAGAAGAGGCGCCUGGAAGUUCUUUUUAUACCUCAUACACAAUGACUGUUACACAUCUCUUCCCUCAAAAUUUAGAGGAAGUUUAAGCUAAGAUCUCUGUAAAAGCUGAGUUUGAAUUAGCUUUACCCCAGAUUCCAAGGUUGGCAGUUACAGUAUUGUGAAAGUUCAAAGGGCACCAGGCAGGGGUAGUGCACACCUUUAAUCCCAGCACUUGGAAAGCAG